AUGACGAGUCUUCCAGACAUCGAAGGCUCGGCUUCCACCGCACUCGUGAAUGGUGGAUCUUCUAGUAUUGGGCGUGCCAUUUCGAUCCCCAAAAGGAUCAUAUUCGCUAAAGCCAGCCCCGUCUUCUUCCGUUCCAAGCGGUUCCCUCUAGUACUCCAACUCCAACCACACACCGAGAUAACUGUGCUUGCGUUCGAUCUCAAGACUCGCGAAUGGUUCAGCCUCAUCGGUAAUGAGCGCAUCAACGCCUUUCGUCAUGUUGUCUUCCAGUUUGCGCCUAUCGAGCAAGCAAUCUUCGCAGCCGGUGGCUAUAGCAUUGACCUUUCGUGCGGUGAUGCCAGCAACUGGGAGUACCAUGUUAAGAUUGACGACAAGAGCGACCUUUGCUUGCUUGCUGCUGAGUUCAGAGAGGAACAUAUCAGAAUGUGCAAGGCGGCUAUUGAACUUGCACGGGAUGCUCUCGACAACUUCACUAAUACAUAUGUCCUCGGCAAGCACAUUCAGACGACUGCCGACGCCCUUGGAGAACUGGGUGGUGCUCUGGUGGCUGUAGAAAAGGCACGCUUCCAGCACACCUCUCCUUAA